GCUACCUACCUAGCGGGAGCCGAUCCAUUCCAGGUGGAUCCAUUUGAGGUUGCACUCAGCCGGUGGUCAAACGGUCUGGGGGCGGGGCUUCCAGGGCCCAAGGCUGUCUGGAAUUUGCUCUCCAAACCUCUCACCAACUAUCUUAUUAUCUACACUUCUUAGAAUCGGCAUCAUUCUUCACCAAGUAUCUCUAAAUCGUGACGAGCAACGGCACUGAGCAGUAGAUUUACAGUACUUUGAACAGUACACAAUACUUACUGAACUUCGUCUCAGCGAGGAGAAAAAGCUUUCAGUCUCCUAGACUAGCAGGUCAAGUCAACAUAAGGCAGGACAGAAAUUAUGUUCUACAUCUCCAGAACUGUUUUGACGCAUGCUGUUCUGACAGCAAGAAUUAUGCACAGAUUGAUUGGGUUCGCAAAACUGAACGUGUCGAACAGUUUAUUUGCUAGAUCCCAGCAACGCAAGAACUUAAGUAUAUCAACCAAAACCAGUGCACCAAAGGUACAAACAUAUAGCUAUGUAAUAGUGGGAGCAGGUUCUGCAGGAUGUGUCUUGGCCAACCGUCUUUCAGAAGAGCCUGACAAUUCGGUGCUGCUUUUGGAAGCGGGACCUAAAGAUACAAUAUGGAACAGCAAGAGACUCCUGUGGAAAAUCCAUAUGCCAGCAGCAUUGAUAUACAAUCUAUGUGAUGAUAAGUAUAACUGGUAUUAUCAUACUGUAGCUCAGAAACAUAUGAAUAACCGUGUAAUGUACUGGCCCAGAGGUCGUGUUUGGGGAGGAUCCUCUUCAUUGAAUGCAAUGGUCUAUAUCCGUGGACAUGCAGAGGAUUAUAAUCGUUGGGAGAGACAAGGUGCUAUUGGUUGGGAUUACGAUCACUGCCUUCCUUAUUUUAGGAAGGCACAGUGUCACGAGCUAGGAGCUGACAGGUAUAGAGGAGGAAACGGACCUUUACAAGUAUCACGUGGUAAAACAAAUCAUCCUCUUCAUAUUGCUUUCCUUGAAGCUGGGCAACAGGCUGGCUACCCGUUUACUGAUGACAUGAAUGGAUUUCAGCAAGAGGGUGUCGGCUGGAUGGAUAUGACAAUUUAUAAAGGAAAAAGGUGGAGUGCAGCCACUGCCUAUUUGUACCCUGCUUUGCUACGCAGAAACUUAACAGCAGAAGAGAAAACCUUUGUAACCAAAAUUUUGUUUGAUGGCACCAAAGCCAUUGGAGUUGAAUACGUUCAAGCUGGAUUACCACUAAAGGUCUAUGCCAAGAAAGAAGUGAUCCUAAGUGGAGGCUCAAUUAACUCACCCCAGCUUCUUAUGUUAUCUGGCAUUGGUAAUGCAGAUGACCUUAAAGCAUUGGGAAUUCCUGUUGUUUGCCACCGUCCUGGUGUGGGCCAGAAUCUGCAAGACCAUCUAGAAUUGUAUGUACAACAACAGUGCACUGAACCUAUUACUCUGUACCAAUCUCAAAAACCAUUCAAGAUGAUCAAGAUUGGCCUGGAAUGGCUUUGGAAAUUCACAGGUGAAGCUGCGACUGCUCACUUGGAAACUGGUGGGUUUAUCAGAAGUCAUCCUGGGGCAACUCAUCCUGAUAUUCAGUUCCAUUUUUUGCCAUCACAGGUGAUAGAUCAUGGACGUGUCACACCUAACAUGGAGGCUUUUCAGGUUCAUGUGGGCCCAAUGAGACCCACAAGUGUUGGUUGGAUGAAGCUCAAGAGUGCAAACCCCACAGACCAUCCAAUUAUUGAACCAAACUACUUAUCUACAGAAACUGAUGUCCUGGAACUCCGUGAAUCAGUGAAGCUAAGCAGGGAAAUUUUUGCUCAAAAGGCAUUUGAUAGAUUCCGUGGUCCAGAGAUCACACCUGGAAGCCAUAUCCAAACAGAUAAGGAAAUUGAUUCUUUUGUGAGAGAGAAAGCUGAUAGUGCCUACCAUCCAUCAUGCACCUGUAAAAUGGGCCAUACUUCUGAUCCCAUGGCAGUUGUUGACCCUGAGACUAGAGUAAUAGGGGUGGAGAACCUGCGGGUUGUUGAUUCUUCUAUAAUGCCAAGUGUUGUUAGUGGCAAUUUAAAUGCCCCCACAAUCAUGUUGGCUGAGAAGGCUGCUGACAUCAUCAAGAGGUGUCCAGCGCUCUGUGACAAGGAUGUUCCUGUUUAUAAACACAAAUCUUAAACUUUCAACCAUGAAAAGGUGAUACACAUUUAAAUUCUUUCCUAAAGUUGAUAUUUCUCCACCAAUGGACUAAAAGUAGAAUAUUUAAAAUUGUACUCAAUAAAAGGGGAAUACCCCCAAAUUUUUGUUAAUGACCUCAUUGGUACAAAAUAGAACACUUUUGAAACUAAUGUAUAUCUUGCAUCCUUCCACUUUUAAUGAAAUUUUCCUUCAUUCAGUUGGUUAAUUACAUUGAAUAUCAUGUAUUUCACUUGAUGUUGUCUCUGAUGUGAUGUCUGAUAUCGUUGUUCAAACCUAUGCAAAAUGAAAAAGGGCUUUGGUUUGCUUAUGCAUCAGUCAUGCAAAAUACAUGUACGUCAUAACCCUUCAUUAAUAUCCAAACUUGUUGAUUUAUAAUAGCUAAACCAGAACUGCUGAAGCUUUAUUCAGAUAUUCAAUUGUUGAGAAGAGUUUGACUCUGUUUCUAUGGUGUAAACAUCUACUUGGUCUAUCAUAUCUGUGCAGUCAAUAAAUAUUUAACUACAUUAAUCCGAUUUUCCAGCACUUGGUACAUAGCCCUUGUGACUGUGGUAGCGCAGUGAAUGUGAAUAUCCAAAUGCUACUUAAAUGUUGAGAGUUCCUGACUCAACCAUUCUUAUAGACAGUGAAUUUCAGAGUCCCACCGUUGUCUGGGUGAAAAAAGAUUCAUCUUAGCUUGAACCUAUGGCCUUCUGUUAUUGACCAGUUUGCUAAUGGAUAACGCUUUAUUCACCCUAGCUACACCCUUCAUAACCUUACACACCUCUGUUAGAGUAGUGAAGAUUGAGAGGGGACCUAAGGAAAGCAACCCAGCAUAUCCAGUCUUCCUUCAUAGUUCAGACCCUCUAGCCCUGACAGCAUCCUGAUAAAUUUUCUCUGCACUAGAGAGGGUGAAGUUAUAUCCUUCCUUUAAUGUAGUGGUCAGAACUGUACACAUUAUUAUAACACUAUUCCAGCUCUGCCCUGACCAAAGUUCCAGCAUAACUUCUUUGUUCUUGCAUUUGUUAGCCGAAGCAUAGAAUACAAGUAUCCCAUAUGCCUUCUUAACCAUCUUAUCUACCUGUCCUGCUACCAUCAGGGAUCUGUGGAUAUGCACACCAAGGUAUCUUUGAUCGUCAGUACAUUUAGUCCUCAUUACCCAAGAGGAAUGGGGGAACUGACUUCCUGUACAAAAAGCAAACAAAAUGUGAAUACUACUAAGUGUAUCUACAUACAUACUACCCAUGUAUCCAGUACACCCACCAAAUAAACAUAAAAAUGCCCUUUGUUGUUCUAAAAACAUUAAUGAAUACUCACACCCAGAUGGUGCAGGAGGUAUGCAUGUAGGAAAUACUCACAUGUGGAGGAAUACAUCUGUACACAUACCUGCUGUUUUGGAGGUGAUUUCAAUCUUUUGGUUUGGCUCAAAGCCUCAAAGAAUUCAGAAUGGAUUUUGAGGCUUACCUCACAAAAAUGCAGAUUUGUGGGUAGCAAAUCCAUAGAUACCAAAGAUUGAAUGGACUUUCCGGGGUCCUACCAUUCACAAUGUAAUCCUUUGCCUUGUUAGCCCUCUCCAAAUGCUUUACCUCACACUUUUCUGGUUGAAUUCUAUUUACCACUGUUCUGUCCAGUUGACCAGUCCAUUGAUAACUUCUUGCAGUUUAUGGCUAUUCUCACUACUUACCACCCUACCAAUUUUUAUAUUGUCUGUAAACUUUAUGAUCAUACCUCCUGCAUUUAAAUCUAAAUUGUUACAACAAAUUCCCUAGCACAGAGCCCUGUUGAACUGCAGUGGAAACAGACUUCCAGUCACAUAAACAUCGCUCUACCGUCACCCUUUGCUUCCUGCCUCUCAGCUAAUUUAAGAUCCCAUGUGCCACUUUGCCUUGGAUCUCAUGGACUCUUUCUUGAUCAGUUUGCUAUGGGGAAUGGUACCAAAAGCCUUGCUGAAGUCCAGAUGGAGUAUGUCAAAUGCAUGACCAUCAGCAACAUUCUUGAUACCUCCUCAAAAAUUCAAUCACGUAUGUUAAGCACAACCUUCCCUUAAUAGGUCACUGUUAGCUAUCGCUGAUAAAUCUGAAUUUUUCCAAAUGCUGAUAUAGUCUGUCCCUCAGAAUUCUUUCCAGUAACGUCCAAAUCACCACUUCAACUAAGUAUUUUUAAAUCAUAAAAUUGCUAAACUGUUUCAACUAGAAUAUGGCCUUACUCUGCCUUCCAACCUGCCAAAAUAUUUUUGCACAGUUUAAAUUCUGCCUUCCUGAGCAUCCUUAAUUUUAAUUGCAUCAUGACAGUGGGCUUUUAUCUGACCUUGGCCUGAACCUCCAGAAUUUCUACCUUAGUACCUCUUUACUUGUCCAUUUUUAAAACUCUCCUUAAAACCUAAGGUUUUGAUCAUCUGACUAAAUAUGUCUAUAGAUGACUUAGUGUCACAUAUAAAAGUACUGUGUAAAUUCUAGGGAUAUGAAAUAGAAACUCAAAAGGUCUGGUUGCAUCUGUGGUGAGAGUUAGUUAAUUUUUGAGGUCCGAUAUGACUCUUUUGGAAUGAUGAAGUUACAAAGAAGAGUUAUAUCAGACUCAAAACUGUCUUGCUCCUGGGCCUAUUAACAUAAAUUCAACCAUACUAAAUUAAACCAAACAGUAUCCUUAAACAGCCGCAUCACUUUUAAUUGUUUUUGUGCAUGCUUAACUUACAAAUAAUGUUCAACAUUUGAAGUAUCAUGUGUCAUGUAGCAACUAGCAAAUUUCUGGGACACACUUUAAUUACUUGUUUAUUUUAUACAGGAAAACUUAUCAAUGCGUUCUGUUCCUUAAGAAAAAUAAGUUAUAGUGUGUACAACCCAAAUAUGAGUUAGGCAAUAGCAGACACCUUAAAGAAUUAUCAGAUGUGGCAGAAACAAAAACAAAAUGUUGAGAAACUCAGAAAAUUUGACAGCAUUUGUGGAGAGAUCAACAGUUAAAUGUUUCCAGUCCAGUGACAUCUGACAAAGGGUCAUUGGACUUGAAAUGCUAACUUCUUUUCUCCAUUGAUUCUGCCAGUCAUGCUGAUCUUCUCCAGCAUUUUCAAUAUUUAAGAUGUGGCAGGCAUGUCAGAAAAAAAUCAUUGUACAUGACAGGUAAAGAUAUGCAAGAACAAGUAUUACAAAAGCUGUAAUCUAAUGAAAUAUUUACUUCUGUAUUUUUGUGAAAAAUAAAUUUAUAAUGAUCUAAUGUGAAGAACAGCAAAUUCUUUUAGGACUAAAAGGAAAAGUACUGAAAGACCAAAGGUCACCCAUAAUUUUCACAUAAUGACAGCUCAGCCUUGUCUCAUGAGAAAUUAACUUGAUUUUACUUGAGUUUCAAUGCCAAUAUAUUUCCAGUGCUGUCUUACAGAAAUAUACACUGUGUGUAUAUACAUUUUCCAGCACACUGGUAUGGAAAAUACAUACACAGACCUUACUGUACCAUACAUACAAUCACAAAAUAAUCAACCUUAGAAACUGAUAUUACAAAUACCAUACUACACAAAAGGCUUACUUCAUAUAAAAGUAGUCAUGAAGAUUGCACACAGUUGUGCAAUCACAGGUUGCUGUUCCACCAUGCUGAAGAUCAAGAAUACCCUGGGUAUGAAAUAAAAAUAGUUUAAAACCCUAUAUAUCCCUGACUGAGGUAAAAUAUCUUGUUUUAGUUUUUGUUACUAAUAGAAUAUAUAGAAGUGUUUAAAAAUGCAUACAGUUUAAAAGUUUUUAGUGGCUGCUACUCAUGAUGUACCUGCAACCUAAACAGGCCAUCAUUUAAAAUAUAUAUUAAAAAUUCUGAAAACGUACAUAGCAAAAAAAGCAUUGUUGGAUAAUUCAGAAAGACCUGCUCUGUGAAGUAUUUUGUGCAUUAGAAAUAAAGUGUAUAAAUGGGCAUGUUUAGUUUAAACGAAA